CCUCUACUUGCAAUACCUGUUUCCUCCCAGAUUCCCUUUCGCCCCUGCCAUUUAUACCGGUACAUUCCCUCGCUACCCCUCUGAAUGAUCCAGACCAAGCCUAUUAAGAAGGAAAGGCGGAAACCAAUCGAGUUCCCGCCUGUUCGCGCCUACUCGCAGCAGUCGCGGUUCCACAACGAGACUGUGGUGACGCUUUCCAAGGACGUCGACCUGCGCAACGUCCACCUGACCAUUGGCGACGUUGAUAUGCUGGUUGACAGCCGCCUGUGGUUCAAGGCUGGCUACCAUUACGGCUUUAUCGGGCGCAACGGAGUCGGAAAGUCGACGCUGCUGAACGCUAUUGGCAACAAGACGCUUAUCGGCUUCCCAGAGAACAUCCGCACUCUCUACGUGCAGCAGCUCGAUGUGCUCGAAACCAGCACCACUGUGCUUGAGGCUGUUUUGGCAGCCGACGUUGAGCGCCAGAAGCGCGUCAAUGAUGUGCAAGCCCUUGAGGCAGCCGUUGCUGAUCCUGUGGGGUUAAACUCAGCACUGGACAAGUACAUUGCGCGUAUCGCCACCGAGCGCAUCACGCAGGCACAGACCAUUGCAACUAUUCGCAGCGGUCAACGCGGUAAAACUGCCCGCGCGAUUGCUCUCAAGGCUGAGCACAACAUGCUAGGCGAGAUCCGUAGCCAGCUCUACACCAAGGGCAAGAACGACAGUGAUGUAGCUGCCGACGUGCUUACUACCCUGUAUGCUGAGCUCGACGAGAUGGGCGCUAGCACCGCCGAGGCCCGCGCGCGUGCCAUCCUGGCCGAUCUUGACGUUUCAGAAGAGCAGCAAGAUAGCCCAGUCAGCUUCCUUUCCGGCGGUUGGCGUAUGCGUGUCGCAUUGGCCAAAGCCAUGUUCCUCGAGCCCGAUAUCAUGCUGCUCGACGAGUGCACCAACCAUUUGGACAUUGGCGCCAUUGCCUGGCUGCAAGACUACUUAAAGUCGCUGACCGACAUUACCAUCGUAUGUGUGUCGCACGACCGCGAAUUCCUCAACGCUAUCUCGCAGGAGAUCAUCCGCUUCAAAGACAAGAAGCUCACUUACCACCCGGGCAACUACGAUGAGUUUGAGAUGGCCGAGGGCGAGCUGCGCAAGAAGAAGGAGCGCCAGGUCGCCGCCUUGGACCGGCGCCGCCAGCAGAUCGAAAAGUCCAUCGAGGGCUUUAUGAAGCAUGCUCGUGCAACCAACGACUCCAAGGUCCUGGGCCAGGUUGCUUCGCGCAAGAAGAAGCUUGAGCGCCUAGGUCCAGACAAGAACGAAGAUGGAACCCGCUUCAAGAUCUCGUACUGGGCUGGAUACCACGAUACAAUGCGGAGGACCAUAGAUUUGGAUAAGGCUGAGAAAGAGGUCGACUUUAGCAUCCCACAGCCCGAGACGAUGCGAAACACGGCGCCCUUGGUCACACUCAACAGCGUAUCAUUUGCCUACAAAGCUGGCAGCAAGGAUGUUACCCGCAACAUUAACCUCAACAUUCUGAUGGGCGAGCGCGUUGCCGUGCUUGGUCUUAACGGCUGCGGAAAAUCGACUCUGGUCAAUGUCAUCACCCGCGACCUGGCUCCAACCAAGGGCACUGUCGAGCAGCAUGCGCGUCUGCGGAUUGGCCACUACACACAGCACUUCGUCGACGAGCUGACCAAUGUCCAGGACUCGGGUCUGAAGAUGCUGAUGCGUGACAAUCCGUCGGUCAAGGAGGGCGAGAUCCGCCGCUGGCUCGGCUCAUUUGAGCUCAGCGGCGACCUGGCUAUCCGGCCAAUCUGCACCCUCAGCGGUGGCCAGCGCGCUCGCAUGGCUAUGGCGCUGAUGCUGUAUUCGCGGCCGCACCUGCUGCUGCUUGAUGAGGUCACCAACCAUCUAGACAUGUACGCUGUCGAGGGCCUUAUCAAUGCGAUUAACGAGUUCGAGGGUGCUGUUGUUCUGAUUUCCCAUGACCGUCACUUUGUGCGCGAGACUGCUGAUGAUGUGUACUCGCUGGUUGAUGGCAACCUCACAUUGCUUGAGAACGGUGUUGACGAGUACAUCCAGUCAAUUGAAGGUGUUGAUUUUAACUGAUAUCUAUAUUAAUCUCUAUGCUUUCAAAUACAUCAAGAUUAUUGAUAUUAAGCAUGCCAAAAUCAAUACUACCCUUGGUGGUAGAUGAGGGUGUCUUUGCAAAAGCAGUCAUUUCCAACGACACCGUAUAUGCGAGCAGCGCGCAGUAAAAGGACAACUGCAAAUGCAUAUCAAUCA